AGCGUUCACCUCAAUUAGAACCCAAUUGACGAUUACUCAGAAAAAGCUGCUUUCAGAAGUUUCUCUGAGACGGGAUCUCUUGUCAAACUUCCGUUGAUUCCUCCCACGUCACACGUUGAGUGACCAGAAAUAUCUUAAUUGGUCGUCCAAGUGUAACUUUCACUUUCGUGCUGUUUCAAACUUUCUCAUCCAAAACGUAAGCCUAGGACGAUGACUUUCGCGAGGAUACAUGUAUGGUUCGUGCUUGUAAUUGGUUUGUUGCUGCCGAGAACUGAUGGAGAGAGGCUUUGUUCGUGUUAUAGCUUUAAUAACAAGUCAAGUGGUUACGCGUGGCCACAAGCAAAUGCUAAUUGUAAAUUCCAUAAAAAACACCUCGUGGUGAUGGAAGAAGAGCAAGAAUGGGAAUUUAUCAAAAAUGCGAUUCAAAACCGAGAAGGUAGUAAAUAUGGUGAAUGGAUUAUCGGUUUGGAGAUGAAUAUAACAACAAGAAAUUGGACUUGGGUCAAUGGCAAACCUCUGACAAUUAACAAAUGGGAAAAGUCAAGUCCUGAUCCAAAUGACUUUUACGGGCUGAUUCAUGAGGAAUUUCCACCUGGAUUUACAGGGUCUUUUAGCACCGUUAAAGGAGACGUACAAAGAGGAUGGAUUUGCGAGAAAGAAUCAGACAGUUGUCAAGGAGACUGUUUCGUACAUCCUGUUCCGCAAAGCACUAGUCCUCCUGGAACAAAAGCUUUUACUACAAAAGUCAGGACGUCAACAGAACAGGAUAUCACUGAUGUAUCAGGGUCUUUAACAAUUGUCUCCAUCCUUACCACGGCGAAAUCAACAGACAGAGCGAAAUCAACAGACACCCCUACCACAGCGGAUGACAAGAGCAGUUCUUCUCCCACAGUAAUGAUAGUAGGCGCAUCUUUAGGAGCAGUGCUCUUCGUAGCGUUGAUCAUUUUCAUCAUAGUCAUUUUAUUAAGACGAAAGAAACGUCAGGGAAAAGAUACAGAGAGCGUACUGCCUAAAGAGUCUUCGCCGAAUAUGUCAGCGCCGAAGAACAGCGAGAACGACCAAUUAGGAGAAAGCCAAUAUGAAUCUGUGAAUCAAGUUGAAGCCGCAAAGCUUCUUGGGUCACCGAACAGCAAGAAUAAUACUAGGCUUCAACCACCACCAGAAAAUUGUGAAUAUGCUGUUGUCAACAAGGCAAACAAGAAGCGAAAGGAAGGAGACCUUGUGUACGCUAAACUCGCUGAAUUUGACCAUGAAACUGAUGCCACCAAACCACCAAAACCACCCAGCUAUGAGCCUACGGUAUAUGCUGAUGUUGAAGUACCAGACUCCUUACAGCCAACGUAUGCAAAUCUUGAAACGACUGGUGUCUGAAUGAAAUAAAUAUACGCAAUUUAUCAGCCGAGAGGUCCGUAUUGGGGAAAACUGUGCCCAAGUUCUUGGACACUGCAAGAAGCCGUACGCAAGAUCCUCCGGGAAGUGCUGAAGAAAAAUAUAUAUUAAACCUGGCCACUUGUGACAAAGGUCGGUUACCUAAAAAAUGACUGCUUUCCCCCACUAUCUGGUAAUUACCAAUAUAGCAGGAUUGUGAUUUUAAUAUUGAUAAUCCGUGAUACUUGCUGGGGUUUUGAUACUGAGACAGAAAAACCACAAAUAUGGAAUUGGGUCCUAUUGGCUUUCUUUUUAAAAUCCAACAGUUAUUUUAGCCUUCUCUAUUAUAAGGGUGAUUUACGGGCGCACUUGACUGAAACAUUAUCAUAAGAGACGUGUAAACUCCAACAAACAAGGUAACAAAAUAUUAAAUUAAAUAAGCGACGAACGAACAAAUUAAACCCCAAUAAGUUUUAGGUGUCUUGGAUUUCAACAAUAUACUGCCUUAUAGCACCGACUUGUUCUGGAAAUUUUAAAAUCCCAUUUAAAAGGUCGUCAAAAUAAUUACGCCUCGAUCGCCUAAUCGGGCUAAAAUGAUCAAUUAAGAAGAAGUCACAUCAUUAAGUAAGCUGCACCACUAGAGAAUUUGUUCAUGUUUAGCGCGCUGCUAUGUAUAUGUUACAUAUUCUCCAGCCGGUUUUUUUCGUGCAAUUUAUGGUACAAAUGUCCAUAUUGAACAGACUUGCGAAGACUCAACGAGAGUGCAUGAAUAUUUUGUAGGAGUAGCCUAUAGAGUAGGCGUAAUUUUGGCGAGCGAGUGCUCAAUAUCAUUCUUAACGGAAAUUAUGGCCGCCAUCUUUGAUUUUAAUGGCAGCGGGAGCCUGGGUAAAGAAAUAAAUUUUUACAAAGGGGGCGGUCGACGGUCAACAAUAAGGAGAGGGGUAGGGGUGGAGAAGUGCCCCUACCCCUGCCGUCUACUCCAACUCCAAAUCAAAUAUGGCUGGUCGGAUAAAUGAUCGCGAGCAUAUGACGUUAACUCGCACUAAUAAGACGCCUGCACUGCAGGUUAUUGUAGAAGUGAAAAGUUCAGGCACCGUUUAACAUCAUACAAGCUGUUUGAUAAAAUUUAAAUAAAUCCAACCGGAUUUUCAUUACUCCUGACUGACAUGCAACUUAAGAAACUUUUCUCGUGUUAUCCCUUUAUCCCGCGUGGUUUAUUACACUGGUAAACCGACAGUGUAGUUUAUUCCUUAGAUAGUGCGUUGAGUAUUAAAACGCGCUUGUAUCUGCGUUGUUGCUUUUUAUCUCUUUUCUUUUUUGUAAUGGCGAGGAAAUAAAGGAAAAACAAAAACAAAAUCCCGUUUUCGUCGCGAAAC